AUGGCGGCGGUGAACGGAGGCGGCGCGGCGCUGUUCAGCGAGGAGGAACUCCGGGAAGUGAGCGGGCUGCGCCUGCGCGAGGGCUUCGUGGAGAUGAUGUGCGGAUGCACCAGCCGCCGCUACGGCGACGCCGUCGGCCGCCUCCUAAUCUACCCGUCCGGCGAGCUGGAGAUUAGCUGCGACUGCACGCCCGGUUGCCGCGAAGAAAAGCUGACUCCUUCAGCGUUUGAGAAGCACUCUGGAAGGGAGACUGCAGGAAAGUGGAGGAACACUGUGUGGGUCAUGAUUGAUGGAGAAAAGGUUCCACUGGGAAAGACAGAAUUUCUCAAAUACUACAACCUGUCAAACAAGUCUGUUAAUGGCUCGAACAGAAGUCGGAAUGGACGUCCAUUGCACCGUGAUGAGUUCAUCCGCUGUACAAGAUGUGACAAGGAGAGGAGGUUUCGUCUUCGGACCAAAGAAGAGUGCCGUAUUUACCAUGAUGCUCUUGCAAAACCUAACCGGACAUGUGCAAAUUUGACGGCUGAUAGCGUCACCUGCGAUGACGACGAGGAGCGAGGGAGCCGCAAGGUGCUCAAGGGCUGCUCCCGCGCGGCGUCGUGCGCGGGCUGCGAGAAGUGCGUGUGCUUCGGGUGCGAGAUGUGCCGCUUCACCGACUGCGGAUGCCAGACCUGCGUCGACUUCUACCGCAACUCCAAGGAGUAG